UGGGGAGGAUUACUGCGUUUGCGGAAUCCGGAGGUCCGGGUUGCGGUUCGCCUCUCACAGCCGCCUCACUCGGCGGGAGAAAGAGUCGCAGGAGCAGUGGGCCACGAGGUUGGGGUUGGGGUACAGGGAGGGCCCCGCAUGCUGGGCAGGGAGGGGUGCAAGGAGAGGGAGGAGGGCGGGAACGCGAGGCAGCACCCGGGAGCCCGGGGACAUGGCGAGGCCCGACGAUGAGGAGGGGAUUGAGGUGGCGCCCGGGCACCCGCCUGCGAACGGAUAUCUCCCGGUCCCGGGGGUCGCGCCCUCCAGGGAGAUGAGCCCGGAGCCGCAGAACGGGCCCAAAGCUGGCUUGGCCCUGAAUGGGGUCCCUCGGGACAGCCCCGCGGCCACCUCGGGAGCCCUGGGCAGUCGGCAGACUCAGCUGGCUCCGGAGGAGGAGACCCAGGUUCGGCUGCUGCCCACGGGCCCUGGGGAGGAGACCCCAGGGGCUGAGGGCAGCCCGGUCCCCCGGACGGCGCUCUCGGCACGGCGCUUUGUGGUGCUACUGAUCUUCAGCUUGUACUCGCUGGUCAACGCCUUUCAGUGGAUACAGUACAGCAUCAUCAGCAAUGUCUUCGAGGGCUUCUACGGCGUCUCCUCGCUGCACAUCGACUGGCUGUCCAUGGUGUACAUGCUGGCCUACGUGCCCCUCAUCUUCCCGGCUACCUGGCUGCUGGACACCAGAGGCCUGCGGCUCACCGCCCUGCUGGGCUCCGGCCUCAACUGCCUGGGUGCCUGGAUCAAGUGCGGCAGUGUGCAGCAGCAUCUCUUCUGGGUCACCAUGCUGGGCCAGUCCCUGUGCUCGGUGGCCCAGGUGUUCAUCCUGGGCUUGCCCUCCCGCAUCGCCUCAGUAUGGUUUGGCCCCAAGGAGGUGUCCACAGCUUGUGCCACCGCCGUGCUAGGCAAUCAGCUUGGAACUGCAGUUGGCUUUUUGGUACCACCAGUUUUAGUGCCCAACACACGGAAUAACACAGAUCUGGCUCAUAAUAUCAGUACCAUGUUUUAUGGAACAGCAGCUAUCGCCACACUUUUAUUUAUUUUAACAAUAAUUGGCCACUCCAGCAAAGCACUGCUGCCACCAUUCGUCACUGAGUCCUCUCGUCUGAGCCUGUCUCUUGAAGCAGUCAGUCAGAAUCAGCUGCAAGCAGCCAUCAUCAGUUUGGAAGAAGCAUUCAAAGAAAAACCUCACUAUCCACCAAGUCAGGCUCAAGCAGCUCUUCAAGACAGCCCUCCUGAAGAGUACUCCUAUAAGAAAUCAAUAAGGAACCUAUUUAAAAACAUGCCUUUUGUCCUUCUAUUGAUCGCUUAUGGUAUCAUGACUGGAGCAUUUUACUCAGUUUCAACACUAUUAAAUCAAAUGAUACUGACCUAUUAUAAGGGAGAAGAGCUGAAUGCUGGAAGGAUUGGGUUAACACUAGUAGUAGCUGGAAUGGUGGGCUCCAUUCUUUGUGGCUUAUGGCUGGAUUAUACCAAAACAUACAAACAGACUACUCUGAUAGUUUACAUUUUGUCUUUCUUUGGAAUGGUCAUAUUUACUUUCACACUGGACCUUGAAUACAUUAUCCUCGUAUUUGUUACGGGAGGGGUGCUUGGUUUCUUCAUGACUGGUUACCUCCCCUUGGGUUUUGAAUUUGCUGUUGAAAUCACUUACCCUGAAUCUGAAGGUACUUCGUCUGGCCUUCUUAAUGCUGCUGCACAGAUAUUUGGAAUUUUGUUCACGUUGGCUCAAGGAAAACUCACGUCAGACUAUGAUCCUAGGGCAGGGAACAUUUUCCUCUGUGUUUGGAUGUUUGUAGGCAUCAUUUUAACAGCAUUAAUCAAGUCUGACCUGAGAAGACACAAUAUAAAUGUAGGAAUCACAAAUGGCGAUAUUAAAGCUGUACCAGUUGAUAGUCCUACAGAUCAAGAGUCAAAAACUGUUAUGAUGUCCAAGCAGUCAGAAUCAAAAAUUUGAAAUGAAAAGUUAAUAUAUAUGAUAACUGAGCAGUAAGGCUUGGUUUAUAGGUUACGGGAAAUGGACACUUACCUGAAGUCAUUGUAUGACACACUAAAUGCAAUUAUUGUUUUGCUUAAUUGUUAAUUUAAGCAAUAUUUUGCUUGAAGUACUUUUGCUUACAUCAUUUUAACACUACCAUUUAUCUAGCGAGUGUCCCACUUUGAGUCUUCUAUUGUCGAUCUGAAAGUAAGCUUCUUGACAUUUAUUUUUAAAAAGUGUUUUUCUUCUUUGUAAAAUUAUAACGUGGAGGUCUGAUCAGCGUACGUGCAGUUUAUAUAAGAAAAUAUCUGGUAGAAGCAAGUGUACAGUCUGUUCCUAAUCGGCUCCCUUUGCAUCCCUGUGGCCGCUGAGCAAGCUCCCUCAGUGUGAGUGCAGUGCGGCAAGGUGACGCGCUCACCCCCCAGAGGAGUGUUGGUGUGAGACUUCCAGGUGACCGCUAUGACUUUCCCAUUUCUCACAUUCUCGUUACAGAGUGCUUUGUAACAGAUACUGUCAAUGGCCAUAAAAACUAUUCUGUGUACGGACUGAACCCAUGACUUUGGUCUUCAACUUACAUUCUCAUUAAGCUAAGGAGCCAGACGCGGGCUCAUUAUCUUGAGUUCUUUGUGCUGCUUUCUUGUCAUGGUGUAAAUGCUAACACGAUUUUUCCACUCCAAUUUGAAAUAGUUUUGUACCCAUUGGCUUUUUUAAUUGCUUCCUAGUAAGAAAAUUCCAUCUUAUGUGUUACUGGCUUUUCCAUGAUUUCUUGUGUCACAUCUUACACUUCGGCCUUGAAGAUUCCUGAGAUAAGGAAACCGGUGCUCAGCCUCGAGCUUCCCAUUUAGUGGAGGCCUCUUAAAAUGUCGUCUAAUUCUCGGUACCGUUUUUUUCCGACCAUUCUCCUUUGAGAUAUGCUGUGCCCAGGUUUGCGCUCGUGGCUUCUUGUCUUCGCCACAGAACGUGCAGUCUCCAUACCGUGGGAACAGUCCGCUCUUUCAUGUGCUCAGGGUAGGGAGAAUAGGACCAAAUGCAUUUCCACAGUGCCUACCACUGUGUUUUGUUUACAGUGAAAAUGUGAAUGUCGUUUGUGUCCGGACUCUCUAAACUGAUAAGGGCAUAUCUUCAGAGUAAUGACAUUUAAACAGCCAUAGGUAUUAUGCCCACAUCCCAAAAAAAAGGGAAAAAAAAAAAGCCAGUCAGGUAUACCCUUGAAUGAGCAGUUCUGGCUUGGGCAUUGUUGAAAUGCGUUGCUUUCUACUGAAAUGAAAAUUCUCUGUCAUCAACCGAUAGCGAAUUAUGUAAAAUCUGACCUAGGAGAAUGUGUUACGAGAACUUCCUAGCUGGGAAUCAGGGACUCUGGGUCCACGUCCUGGAUCUGGUUCUCUCUGUCCCUGUGAGUUUCUGGGCAGCACUUUCUUCAUCCCUGUCAUAAGUAUGUUCAAUUUGAUCUCUAAUUCUCUUUUGAAUUUUAAAUACCAUUCAUCAUGGGAUAGACCAAAUCAUUGUACUACAGGAACUUAAAUAUAGCUAGAGAAAUUCCCUGGAUAAUUGGAUAAACAACUGUGAUUGUUGCUUUAUGGAUACGGGGAAUAUAAAAUCUGUAUUUAGCCUUUUUAUUCAGUUGGUGAUAGCUCAGGCAGAAUAUGCUGACACAUUAAACUCCUUAGCUGUUUACAUCACAAGUUUUACGGCCACAGAUAUAUUUUAAGGUCCCUCCUCUAAAUAAUUGUUUUCAUUUUUAAACUGUCUGUGUUGUUUAAAAUAAUCAUGUACUUGAGUUCCUGAGAUUUUGAACAAAUUUUAGAUAAAAUUGGAAUACUUUAUUUCCAAAAAGGUUAUACAUAUAUGUCAUGUGUAUUUUUCCUUGUUAAUUAGAAAAAGGAUGAAAUACGAUGUGACAAAAUGUGAAAUGAAUUGAUAAUUUUCUGUAUUUUGAGUUACACUCAUCUGUAAUAUGUCAAACAAGAAUGUCAUAUAAUUCUGUGUCUUGUCUUUGGGAAGUGGAGUUGGGUAACCAACACUUGUGUAAAUUAGAAAGAAACUAGAUGCUUUCAUGUGAUUUUAGAAAGAAAUUGGAUGCUUUCAUGUGAUUUUAGAAAGAAAUUGGAUGCUUUCAAUAGCUAUUGUAUUUAUAAAUGUUGCAAAUAUAGCUUUUGCCUUUUGUGACUGUGGGAGAAAUGUCUUUAAAAAUAUGUCUCUGUAAACCCAGAGUAUUGCUGAAAGAAUGCCCAUCUGUCUGAAAGUCAUUUUUCAUGUUCUAAGUUUUGCUCUUUGUAUUAGUUAUCUAUUCAUGUGUUCUUCAGUAUUUCAGACUUGAAAUAAAUUUAUUUUUUUAAUGUUAA